UGGAGGCACUGUGGCUUCAACACAGUGCCCCCUAUCAGUGAUCUAGUGUAUAUAUAAAUCACUGGUUCAGGAAUAUUCUAUGGUCUUAAAUUGUGUGCUCUCCUGCCUCCCAUUCCGACUACAGAUAACUUUCUACGAGGACAACAACUUCCAGGGGCGCUCUUAUGAGUGCGAUGCGGACUGCGCUGACAUGCACCCCCAUUUCAGCCGCUGUAACUCCAUCAAGGUAGAUAGCGGCUGUUGGGUGCUGUACGAGCGUCCCAACUACACAGGCUAUCAGUACGUGCUGACCAGGGGAGAGUACCCAGAGUACAAGCACUGGAUGGGAUACAAUGACAGCAUCCGCUCCUGCCGUACCUUCUCCUAUGUGAGCAACCUAAUUACUAGCGGAGGCCCAUACCGCAUGCGCAUCUAUGAACGCCCCAACUUCCAGGGCCAGACGAUGGAGUUCGCUGAGGACUGUGAGUCUGUCCAGGAACGCUUCCGCAGCCGUGACGUCUACUCCUGUAACGUCCUGGAGGGCUACUGGACCCUCUACGAACACCCCAACUACCGCGGCCGCCAGUACUUCAUGAGGCCUGGAGAGUACAGGAAGUUUAGUGACUGGGGAGCCACCUGCGCCACCACUGGCUCCUUCCGUAGGAUCACCGAAUUUUAG